AAAGAGAGGAGGGCAUUAAGCAAGAAAGCAGGGAUCAUCGGACCGAGCCAGUAGUAGGUAUUUGAGGCCACCCGUUCAGCAAUGCUUCCCCGACAGGUAGGUUGAGAGUGGCAGCCCCGUGACCCGCUGCGCUCCGGAGAAGCCCGAUCACUCGGACAGCCAGGAAGGAGAAAAGACACCGGCGAUGUGAGCAUGCAGCCUCCUCUACAAAGGCAGACCUUCUUCUGAGUGGAGCUCUGCUGCUGCCACUGGAUUACAGUCAUCCUCGCUGUUUCCAAGGAGGCUUCCUGCUACCAGCCUACCCACAUGAAUUUAGCAAACUGUAAAGAACACGGAGCACUUCCUACCAAGAGUGCCUACCCCUGUUGAGUGAAGCCCUACCUGCAUAUUAGUCAUCUCCAACCAACUCGACGGUGGUGCCAUGCCUUCGUGUAAGCCAGAAAGAGUUCUGGCCCAAUCCAGGCAACCCAUCCUUGGCUUCUGCCUUCGCCCGUCUCCCCUGUGUCUGCUGCUGCCUUUGAUUUUCCUUCUAACCAGGCCUUGGGGCAGCGUGUGUGAAGCACUAGCUCCACCAAGGUUCACCAAAAUUCCCACGGACCAGAUCGGGGUGUCAGGGGGUGUGGCAUCAUUUGUGUGCCAGGCCACUGGCAAACCCAAGCCAGUCGUCCACUGGAACAAGAAGGGCAAGAAGGUCAACUCCCAGCGUAUCGAGACCAUAGAGUUUGACGAAGGUGCUGGAGCCGUGCUAAGGAUCCAGCCUCUCAGAGCUCCUCGAGAUGAGAACGUCUACGAGUGUGUGGCACGCAACAGCCAAGGAGACAUCACCAUCACUGCAAAGCUGGCCAUUAUCAGAGAGGACCUGUUACCAUUUGGCUUCCCCAGCAUAGACAUGGGUCCCCAGCUGAAGGUGGUGGAACGGACAAAGACAGCCACCAUGCUUUGUGCUGCCAGUGGCAUCCCCGACCCAGAGAUCUCCUGGUUUAAAGACUUCCUGCCUGUCGACCCCAGCCUCAGCCAGGGUCGCAUAAAACAGCUCCGAUCAGGAGCAUUGCAGAUUGAAAACAGCGAGGAGACGGACCAAGGGAAGUACGAGUGCGUGGCUACCAACUCCCAAGGCGUGCGCUACUCCUCCCCUGCAAACCUUUAUGUGCGAGAGCUUCGAGAAGGAGCUCCAGACACAUUGCGCCGUGUGCCCCCUCGUUUCUCUAUCUUACCCUCCAAUCAUGAGAUCAUGCCCGGGGGGAGCGUCAACAUCACCUGCGUGGCUGUGGGUUCGCCCAUGCCUUACGUGAAGUGGAUGUUGGGCACCGAGGACCUGACCCCGGAGGACGAGAUGCCAAUCGGACGGAAUGUGCUGGAGCUCAAUGGCGUCCGGGAGUCUGCCAACUACACCUGCGUGGCCAUGAGCAGCCUGGGCAUCAUUGAGGCCACUGCUCAGGUCUUAGUCAAGACUUUACCAAAGCCCCCUGGCACACCCAUCGUCACAGAGACAACAGCUACCAGCGUCACCAUUACUUGGGACUCUGGCAAUCCCGACCCAGUCUCCUACUACAUCAUUCAGUACCGGGCCAAAGGGCCGGACAGCAAGUACGAGACGGUGGACAGCAUCACCACCACACGCUACAGCAUUGGCGGGCUCUACCCCAACACUGAAUAUGAAAUACGGGUGUCAGCCUUCAAUAGCAUUGGCCAGGGGCCACCGUCUGCACGCGUGGAGGCUCGCACUGGAGAGCAAGCCCCGGCCAGCCCCCCGCGGAACGUGCAGGCCCACGUUAUCUCUGAGAACACUGUGAUGGUGCGCUGGGAGGAACCAGAGGAGCCCAAUGGACAGGUGAAAGGCUAUCGUGUGUACUACACUAUGGACCCUUCCCGAGCCAUUAAUGAGUGGCAGAUCCACAACGUGCAGGACAGCGUGAUCACCACCAUUCAGAACCUCGUAACCUCAGAGACGUACACUAUCCAGGUCCUUGCCUUCACCUCUGUAGGCGACGGCCCUUUUUCAGAUCCUGUACAUGUGAAAGUUUUGCGCGGAGUUCCAGGUCAACCAGGCAAGUUUAAAGUUGGGAAAGUGACAGACACCAGCAUUGAGCUGACCUGGGAACCCGCAUACACUAAGGAGAAAAUAGUGAACUACGAGCUGCUCUACAAGCCUGUCAAGUUUGGCAGCUUGGAGAAGUUGACCUUCGGGCCUAGGAACUCUUACACUGUAGAGGGCCUGAAAGCUAACACAGAAUACUCCUUCUCCCUGGCUGCCAUCUCCAAUAAAGGCAUCGGAGCGUUCACCAAUGAACUUGUGCAGAGGACGUCCCAAGCCAAGCCCUCAGCUGCCCCAGAGGGUGUGUCCUGUGAGAGAGUCAGCUCCACCUCGCUGAGAUUGAGCUGGCGGCCACCUCAGUUGGAGGCCCAGAAUGGCGAGUUGGCAGGUUAUGAGCUCAAAUACCAAAGAGUUUAUGGGACAGGAGAAGAAGAAGAAGGAGGAGGAGAAAGUCAUGGGUCUGAGGUGGACGGGCCUCCCAUUGCAGCCCACCAGAGACAUAUUGUAUUGGAGGGGCUGGAGAAGUGGAGUUGGUACAAUAUCACACUGGCAGCAUCCACAGCAGAAGGGACCGGACCCAGCAGCCCAGCUGUGUUGUGCAGAACAGAUGAGGAUGUUCCCGGCGCUGCCCCUCGUCAGGUGGACGUUCAGCCGCUCAACUCCUCAGCCCUCCGGAUAACGUGGCGCUCUGUGUUGCCACGGUUACAGCAAGGCCAGAUCCGGGGGUACCAGGUGCACUUCAACCGCGUGGAGAGCGGUGAAUCACGCACCCUGCCCCAAAUCAAAGACCUUCUAUUGGAUGAAUCCCAGAUGGAGGAGGAUGAUUCGACUCAGUAUGAGCUGGUUUUAGGAGGUUUGAAAGCAGAGACUUUGUACUGUGUCUCAGUGGCUGCAUACACCACUAAAGGGGAUGGAGCGCACAGCAAAGCUAAGCUGGUGCAGACCACAGGGAUUGUGCCUGGCUCUCCGUCCCUUUGGGUGCGUCCGGGAUCUGGCUCGUCUGUGGUGGUGAGGUGGUCUCCUCCGCUUGAGUGCUCCGAGACCGGUUCUGAUAGCCGAGUGGCCCCAGUGGAAAUCCAGGGCUACCGCCUACAGUUUGGGCUAAAGAACACUUCUUUGAACGGCACUAUGGAUUUCCUAGCUCGAGAGAGAAACUUCACUGUCAGAAACCUCUCCCCAGGGUCCCCCUACCUCUUUGUCCUCUCCGCGAAGAGCCGAGCAGGCUAUGGAAAUGCUGCGCAGCAGGAAAUAGCUGUUCCCAUGUGUCCACCCUUGGAAUACCCCAAAAUAAGCGAUUUUGUCAACGCUACCUGCUGCUCCCUUCAGUUCUCCUGGAUGCCCCCCACGUCAGACGAUUGCAGCGGCAUCAUUACAGAGUACACUAUAGCUUACAAAAAGGCUGCUGACUUGGGAUACUCUGCCCUACCUGCCCCCUCUGCUCCCCCUUGGCUCAUCACGCUUCCUGCAAGUGAGUCCAGCUACACCAUCUUGGGCCUGAAUCACAGCACGGCCUACGCGGUGCAGCUCAGAGCCCACAACCAGGCAGGGCCGGGCCCUUUCAGCCCAGCUCUGCUUUACCUCACCCAGGCCUUUGAAACAGAUGUGCCGAGAAAUUUUUCCGUCAAUCUGGCCACUAAGACCAGUGUUCUUCUCACCUGGGACUUUCCAGAGACCAGCAACCCCUACCGCUUCAUUGUGGAGUAUAAUCGUCAAAAGAUGGAGGUGGACGCGCGCCUGAAAAAGGCGGUCAUCCCAAACCUUCAGCCCGACACCAGCUACGACUUUAAAAUCACCGCUCCUGAGGGCAACAUGGGAGGCCUCCGCCAUCGCAUCACAGCCAAAACCUCCCCGCCAAUCACCAUCCGCCGCCCUGAGAUAGACCAAAGCCGCCGUGAAACCGAAGCCACUGUCACCAUAAUCCUGCCGUUGCUGGAAACUCGCAUGCCUGUCAAGAACAUAUAUGUUGUUGUGGUUCCGUUGCGGAAAACUCGUGGUGUCAUCAGACACUUGAAGAGUCCAGAUGAAAUGGACCUAGAGGAGCUUUUAAAAGACAUCAGUCAAAGGCAGAAGGAUUCUCGUCAGCAGAAGCAGGUGGACCUGAGGCGGGCUUAUAUCACAGCCCGUUUCACACCUGAAACCCUACCAGCCUUCUUCUCACUGGGGGACCAGCUGGACUAUGGAGGGUUUGAGAACCGAGCUCUAGAGCCGGGCCAAGAGUACGUCUUUUUCAUCCUGGCUGAGCUGAACUCCACAGCAGGGAGGAUGUACGUGGCCAGCCCUUACACAGACAAGGUGAUCGCCCCGGAUUCAGACCCCCAGCCCUUUGAUGCAGGCGAUGGUCUGAUCUGGGUGGUUGGACCCGUCCUGGCUGUGGUCUUCAUCAUCUGCAUCGUUAUUGCUAUCCUCCUUUACAAAAACAAACCUGACAGCAAGCGUAAAGACUCUGAACCAGGAACCAAGAGCCUUUUGAGCAAUGCGGAGAUGAUGGCCCACCACCCGACGGACCCCGUGGAGAUGAGACGCAUCAAUUUCCAGACUCCCGGAAUGAUGAGCCACCCCCCCAUCCCCAUCAGCGAGCUGGCUGAGCACAUCGAGCUGCUGAAAGCUAAUGACAACCUGAGACUCUCCCAAGAGUACGAGUCGAUCGACCCCAGCCAGCAGUUCACCUGGGAGCACUCCAACCUGGAGGUGAACAAGCCCAAAAACCGCUACGCCAACGUCAUCGCGUAUGACCACACCCGAGUUAUCCUGGCUCCCAUAGACGGUAUCCUGGGAAGUGACUACAUCAAUGCUAACUACAUCGAUGGCUACAGGAAGCAGAACGCCUACAUUGCCACCCAGGGGCCCCUGGCAGAGACAUUCGGGGACUUCUGGAGGAUGGUGUGGGAGCAGCGGACCGCCUCUGUCGUCAUGAUGACGCGCCUGGAGGAGAAGUCUCGGAUCAAGUGUGAUCAGUACUGGCCGAGUCGUGGCACAGAGACAUACGGGAUGACCCAGGUCACACUGCUGGACACAAUGGAGCUCGCCACUUUCUGCGUUCGCACAAUUUCUCUGCAUAAGAGUGGCAGCAGUGAAAGGAGGGAGGUACGUCAGUUCCAGUUUACUGCCUGGCCCGAUCAUGGUGUGCCUGAAUAUCCCACCCCCUUCCUGAACUUCCUUCGCAGGGUCAAAGCCUGCAAUCCUCCCGAUGCUGGACCCAUCAUUGUUCACUGCAGUGCCGGUGUGGGUCGCACUGGCUGUUUCAUCGUCAUCGACGCCAUGCUGGAGCGCAUUCGACACGAGCGCACCGUGGACAUCUACGGCCACGUGACUCUCAUGCGCUCGCAGAGAAACUACAUGGUGCAGACGGAGGACCAGUACAGCUUCAUCCAUGAGUCCCUGCUGGAGGCCGUGGCUUGUGGGAACACUGAGGUGGCCGCCCGCACCCUGUACUCCUACAUGCAGAAGCUGUCCAAGGUGGAGCCUGGAGAGCACGUCAUCGGCAUGGAGCUGGAGUUUAAGCGCCUGGCCAACACCAAAGCCCACACAUCACGGUUUGUCACAGCCAACCUCCCUUGCAACAAAUUCAAGAACCGACUGGUGAACAUCAUGCCGUACGAAACUACUCGCGUUUGCCUGCAGCCCAUCCGAGGUCUGGAGGGCUCCGACUACAUCAAUGCCAGUUACAUAGAUGGAUACAGGCAGCAAAGAGGCUACAUCGCCACCCAGGGUCCACUGGCUGAGACUACAGAGGACUUCUGGAGGAUGCUGUGGGAGCACAACUCCACCAUCGUGGUCAUGCUGACGAAGCUGAGAGAAAUGGGACGGGAGAAGUGUCACCAGUACUGGCCCGCCGAGCGCUCUGCCAGGUACCAGUACUUUGUGGUUGACCCGAUGGCGGAGUACAACAUGCCUCAGUACAUCCUGCGGGAGUUCAAAGUUACAGAUGCCAGGGAUGGCCAGUCCAGAACGGUUCGUCAGUUCCAGUUCACUGACUGGCCAGAGCAAGGAGUGCCCAAAUCUGGGGAGGGCUUCAUCGACUUCAUUGGCCAAGUGCACAAAACCAAGGAGCAGUUCGGCCAGGAUGGGCCUAUCACCGUUCACUGCAGUGCUGGUGUGGGGCGGACAGGUGUCUUCAUCACUCUAAGCAUUGUCCUUGAGAGGAUGCGUUACGAGGGGGCUGUGGACAUCUUCCAAACUGUCAAAAUGCUGCGGACACAGAGACCAGCUAUGGUGCAGACUGAGGAUGAGUACCAGUUCUGCUAUCAGGCUGCUCUUGAGUACCUGGGUAGCUUUGACCACUAUGCAACAUAAGAGAAGAGAAAGCCGCACAUCCACCUUUCUGCUUUGAUGUCAACAAAACAACAAACGACAUGAAGGAGAGAGAGAGAGAGAGAGGGGGGUGUGAUCCAAAACAACGGCAACAACUUUUCCUGGAAGCAAGAUUUAAAGACCAAUUCUUCAACAACUAGCAACAAAAACAGCAACAAGAAUUCCCUAAAAGCAGCUGAGCUCACCAGAGUUUCCCUGCUGGGCGAGGAGACUAUCCAUGUGUAAUCCAUAUACUUACCUCAGUGUUCCAGUGUGAAGGACGUAUAAAUACAUGUGUGUUGUGGUCAGCUAUCUCAAGUAUGAACCCGUGAAAUACAAAAAGGUUUCUGAACAGGAGUUACGCUACUCUAUGUGUGUAAAAUACAAAAAGAUUUAAGAGAAAAACAGAAAAAACACAAAGAGCCUGGAUAUUUGCUGCACCCUAAAUGGGCUUUUUAUCCUCAACUUUAUAUCUAUUAGUUUGAUCUACUAAAGGAGUAACAAGGUGAACAUUUCUUUGUGUCUAUGAGUCUAUUUCAAAGACGUCUAUGGACCCACUAGACCUGAGGACUGCUGGAGACGCAGGUGGAUGCUCAUUUACCAGAUGCACAGUGCCAAGACAAAAUCGCGCAGCGCGAGCAAGAACUGUGGCCUAUAAGGAGGCAUGGCUCCUAUUUGUUACCCAGCACAAUGUCAGUCAGAGAAAAGUCAGGCCCCAGGUUUACCGUCCCCAGUCUUGUCAGCUCUGAGUUACAGUUGACCUUGGAGCCGCAUUUAGAGCCCGCAAAGUCCAGAAGCUGGCUGGGAUCUGUAAUCCAGUGCAUUCCUCAUCAACAAAAAAGUCCUGCUUGCUGUUUGCUAUCGUCUUUGUUCAUCAUCCAUCCUGGUUCCUCUUGAAUGUCUGUCCCCAUAUGUUGGUUCAGCAGCUGCUUAUUGAAGGAUAUACUAGCAAAAGAUCUGAGCUCUAUGUUUCUCUUACAGUUUGGUAUAUUUUUCUCUCAUAUCUGCUGGUCUUUGUUUUAGAUGUUUUUCUUUGCCUUAUGCAGACUUGAUUUUCAUCUUUUUAACACGCUGCUUGAUGCUUAAUGCAUUGUUUGCCAAGCUUCUGUUGUGAAACACGACAUCUUAAGUUAAGGAUGAAAUUUGGGACAUGGUCAUCUUCCCACUCUGAUGUUUCCCUACUUGAAUUGCACCCCUUCGCUGAGCCUACUGCUGAUGGAAGAUAAUGAAAGAAAUCCUAGCUUAAGGUACAGUGCCUUGCAAAAGUGUUCAAAUAUUCAUACUCCCAUGAACUUUUUUCACCUUUGGUCAUGUUUCAACCACAAACUACAAUUUUUUUUAUUAGGAAUUUAUGGGAUUGAACUACACACGUUAGUGCAAAACAUGUGAAGUGGAAGGAAAGGGAUACGUGGUUUUUCAAAUUUUCAUGUUUGUCCCAUCAAAGAUCCAACAAGGAUAUAAAAAGAUGUUAAGAAAUGCUGUGAAGAUCAAGAGUGUGGGUUUUUCUUUCUCCACAUUUCCAAAUUUCUCACGCAAAAAUCUGAAAAGUGUGGCAUGCGUUUGUAUUCAGCCUACUCACCUUCACCCCCCAAUAGUCUUUGGAGCAUCUAUACCAGCUUUUAUUUUUGCCCAUUUUUCUUCGCUAAAUAGUUUAAAGUCAGUCAGAUUGGAUAGAAACAUAAAUUUUCAAGUCUUGCCAUAGACUCUUCAAUGGAUAUAUGUAUGAACGAAAGGAAUAUUCUUUGAUAUAAACAAUAAUGUUUUAGAUCUGGCUGCUUGUUUGGGUUGUUGUUCUGCUAGAAGGCAAACUUCUGCCUCAGUAUCAAGUGUUUUACAGCCUCUAACAGGCUUUCCUGCAGGUUUGCCCUGUGUUUAGCUUCAUCCAUUUUCCCAUAAACUGUUUAGUAAAAAUCAUUUCCCACAACAUCAUACUACCACCACCAUGUCUCAUGAUGGGGAUAGCGAGUUCAGGGGGAUGUUUUAAUGUUAGUUUCCUGCCAUACAUGGUGUUUAGCAUGUAGGCCACAAAGUUUGGUCUCACCUGAGUUUACUGUUUAGAUGACUUCUUAAGGAAAGUGGUUGUGUUGGAGGUUAUUUUGGGGUAUCAAAGUGAUGGGGGCUGGAUAUAAAUGUAUGCCCCAGUUUUUAGGUAAAAAAGUCUGAAAAUCAGCCAUCAUUUCCUUCCAUAAUCAACUAAUGCUCACACAUUCUGUUGGUCUAUCACAUAAAAUCCCUAUAAAAUGCAUUAAUGUGAUUAAAACAAGACAAAAUGUGGAAAUUACUUUUGCAAUAUGCUGUAUAUUUCCUAUCCCUUCUCCAAUCCUUCAUCGAACCCCUUUAUAUUUUUUUGUUUCAUUUAUCCAUCUGUACAGAAGUUCCCAACUUCACCAGCCAAUGUAAACUGCUCAGACUCUCGCGAUAUUGGUGUGUAUCUUUUACCUAAUUUGAACUAUAAUCUCAAUUGGUCCUAUUUCUUGCUUAAAGAGCACAUUGAAGUCCCAGUUUUAGACAUUUUGGGCAGGUCCACCACUUUUGUACAUACAGUCUGCCACUAGAGUCCCACGCAGCACCAUUCCAAACAUCCGAGCACAGCGUAUAUAAAGUGGGACUGGAUGUGAUGUACUACUUAGCGUUGCUAAAAAGCCUUAUUGUUCUCGUUCACUUUGUCGUAUUUAUAUCAUAUUGUUUUUAAAAAUAUAUAUUAUUCUAUUUUGUUAUUUUAAUUUCUUUUACAGAUAACCAACAACAUGUUUGUUUUUGAUGUUGAAGUAUGAUGUCACUUUUUGUUUUGUUUUGUUUUUUCCAUUUUUUAUGUGCUUUUUUUAAUUAUUUGCUUUGUAAUGAGAACAUAUGCCCUCUGUGUAGGGUACUAUUUGAUACUAAUUACUGAUGUCUGAUUAGUUAUAGAGAUGUACAUUAGAGGCAGAGCUAUGUGAGGUUUACAGUGAUGCCCCUUUGACCCCCACUUCCCCUAGAUGACCUAUACGUAGCUACAGCAGCAAUGCAUUUAAGGGCAUUGGAAAAGUUCGACAUAUAGAGGAGAGGUUUGAGGUAAAUUUUCCUGAUAUGCUGUUGGUGUUUAGUUUGCUUGAAAGCACACAGUAGCAGGUGUAUUUUUGACAGGGAGUGGGUACAAAUUGUCUAUCUACACACUUUACACCCACACACACACACACACAACCUCAGAGGUUAUUGUUUAAAUCUGAUCUUAUUCUCAUAUGAACUCUAUGUGUGGUCCUGACGUCUUGACAAUGUUUGAACAUAUAUGGAAUAUGUUACUCCUUCAAUUUCUAAUGAUUAUUGUGUCAAGAGAAAUAUAUAAUCAGGCACACGCGAAACAUAUAAUGAACGUGUUGAGGGCCAGCUCUGAUGAUGCCAUACCCCUCACUUAUGUACUUGUUCUUUCCUUUCAAACCAUAGAUGUAGAUAUUGUAUCUUGAAUUUGUAUUAAAAGCAGGAUGGUUGGAUAUGCGACA